AUGCUCCAUCUAAUAGCAUUGAUCAAACGGAACCAGCGAGACUGGCUCAUGGCUUACCUCCAAACUAAACGUCCCGGGUCCUGCUACAAGUCCAUCCAGCAGAUGCUCCGGCGCUUUGCCAAACGUCAUGGAUUCUCGAGACAACGCCCAACGAUAUGCAAGAAAAGCCAAGUGUUUCUGGCCGAAACACGGGAUGAAUUUGCCUUCGAGUUUCAUCGCGAGUACAGGGCCUAUGGCAAGGAGUGCACGUACAAUGUUGACGAGACAGGCAUCUACUAUGACAUGCCUCCAAACUACAUUUGGGCCUAA